GGGCUUCUGUUUUUAGUGCUAACGUAGGCCCAAGGAAAGGCAAGGCCAAGGCGAAGGGAGCUCCCCCACCUGCCUGGAAUGCAUAGAAGGAACGCAGGCGCAGGAAGGAAAAGCACUUAGGGAGAAGGUGAAAGCUGAUCUUCAUAAUCAGACGCAAUUCCUUCAUUGCACAGAUGAGGAACCUUAAUGAAGCUGUGCAGGCACCAAGCAGAGCUGAGAACAGGAGGAAACAGGCUCAGAGAAGUUAGUCCCCCGGAGCGGGAACCCCAAAUCUGGCUGCUAGAGCCCAAGGUGCUUAGCAGGAUGCUGAAUGUCAAAGAUGCUGGAAAGCAGGGCCCUGCCGCCGCCAUGUCGGGCCCCUUCGAGCUCUCCGUACAAGAUCUCAACGACCUGCUCUCGGACGGCAGCGGCUGCUACAGCCUCCCAAGCCAGCCCUGCAACGAGGUCACCCCGAGGAUCUACGUGGGCAACGCCUCUGUGGCCCAGGACAUCCCCAAGCUGCAGAAACUGGGCAUCACGCAUGUCCUGAACGCUGCCGAGGGCCGGUCUUUCAUGCAUGUCAACACCAACGCCAACUUCUACAAGGACUCUGGUAUCACCUACCUGGGCAUUAAGGCCAAUGACACCCAGGAGUUCAACCUCAGCGCCUACUUUGAAAGAGCUGCGGACUUCAUAGACCAGGCGCUGGCUCACAAGAACGGCCAGGUGCUCGUCCACUGUCGUGAAGGCUAUAGCCGCUCCCCAACCCUGGUCAUCGCGUACCUCAUGAUGCGACAGAAGAUGGACGUCAAGUCGGCCCUGAGCACCGUGAGGCAGAAUCGUGAAAUCGGCCCCAACGACGGCUUCCUGGCCCAGCUCUGCCAGCUUAACGACAGACUGGUCAAGGAGGGGAAGUUGAAACUCUAGCGCGUGGCUUUCUGCCUCAUCUCCAGAGGCGCCGCCAGGGAACCCUGGGCCGCCAUGUUUAGAGCACAGUGUCCCCUGUUCCUCACGUCACCAGGCACUCGCCCACACGCCUGUCGCAAUGCGGCCCCGGGCUGCAGUGUCUGGGCCCCUCAAGAAGCUUCUGAGAUGCGCAUUCUCGCUCUCCGGUUGUCUUGUUCUGUAACUCACGGUGUCUUCUCCCCGAGCCAGCCAGGCCUACAGGGAGGCCUGGCGUGAGUCCUCCCACAGUGUGGGCAGCAGGGCCAUGGGAGGGGAUGGCCUCUUGCCACCUCCUCUCGAGCCCCUCCCGGUCCUCACCUCAGUGGGGCCCUCAGUAAGGGGUGCCAGCUAGCAGGUGCAGGCCCCUCUGUCCCCACCACAGCUGUCUUCCCCCUCCCCGCCCCGCCUCU